AUGCUGGGCCUUCGAUCUCUCCUCUCCACGCCCUCGAAGCUCCCGCUCUCUCAAAUUACAUCGGCCUACCCGCGGAGAAUAUGCCAAACUGUUUUUCUUCGAACCUUUUCGCAAACCUCUUGGGGCAGCCUUUCAACUAGAUCGAUAUGGAAAGCUUCCGAGACCCUUUCGACGGGGCUGAAGAGCCUGUGCUCGCGAGGUGUGCGAUCUCUUGGACAGACCCGGGGAAUGAAAACACGAUCAUCCGUUAAGCGGCUAUGCGAUGGGUGCAAGCCUGUUCGACGGAAGAAUCGGGUGUACAUUAUUUGCUCCAAGAACCCAAAACACAAGCAGAGACAAGGCAAAUAG